AUGCUUGAAGGUGGCAUCUCUGAAUCAUUGAGGAAUUUGAGUCAUUUGCAAGCCUUAGACUUGUCCAGUAAUAACUUUAGUGGAGAUCUUGAGGACUUUUUAUUUGGGAAUCUAUCUACUAAAGCAAACAUGUCAAUGGGAAGUUGGAGAUUGAAGAAAUUUUCAGCAUUGAAAAAACUCAAUGUAGGAAGCAACAAGUUUGUAAGAUUAAUGCCUCAAAGUCUUAGCCAGCAUUCAGUUCUUGAAGAAGUUGAUGUAUCUUUUAACUCAUUGCAAGGUAUCAUCUCUGAGGCCUACUUCACGAUACUUCACAACUUAAAGGUGCUUGCCUUGUCCUUCAAUUCACUGAGUUUGCAAAUCGUCCAGGACUGGAGUCCGCCUUUUAAGUUGGAUGUUAUCAGGUUAGCAGGAUGCAACAUGAACCCUCAUUUCCCCCAAUGGGUUCAAACUCAGAGAAACGUUCGUUUCCUUGAUCUUUGUUAUGCCCAUAUAUCAGAUGAAGUACCUAGAUGGCUGUGGAGUUUGUCUGCACUUUUGAGUUUAAAUAUAUCUCAUAAUCAUAUUAGUGGGACUAUCCCUCAUCUCCUGCCCAAUUCCAUCGAAUAUUUAGAUGUCAGCUCUAACAACCUUUCUGGGCCUCUACCAUUGCUUCAACAAGACAUGUUGACUGUUCAGUUGAGUCAAAACAUGUUUUCAGGAUCAGUUUCAUCUAUAUGCUCAACAUUGCUUGUGGAAAUGAGGAUCCUUGACCUCUCCAACAACCAAUUGGAUGGAGAGAUACCAAAUUGCUGGGAGAAAAUAAGUAACUUGGAAUAUCUUAGUAUAGGUAACAACAGUUUUUCUGGUGAAGUUCCACGUACUUUGGGCAACAUGUCAAUGCUAAACUCUUUGAACUUGCAUGCCAAUAAUCUGUCUGGCGAGUUGCCUUCUACUUUAAGCAAGUGUGGAGAAUUGAUGUUCAUUGAUGUCAGAGGGAACAAGUUAACAGGAAAUAUCCCUGCAUGGAUAGGUGCAAAUAAGAACUUGGUAUAUGUAAUCCUUAGACGCAAUAGAUUUUAUGGCAGCAUCCCGCUAGAAAUCUGCAGUCUUACUCACAUCCAAGUGUUGGACCUCUCCAGAAACAAUAUAUCAGGAGAAAUUCCUCACUGCUUCAACAGAUUUACCUCACUGAGCAAGAAGAAUACAACUGUGCUCGGAGCUGCCAUCACCUUCUACCCUACACUAUACGAGCCUCUGAAAGUGUUCGAGUAUGCAUUUGUUGAGUGGAAAGGUGGGGAAUUUGAAUAUCGGAAGAUUCUUCAACAUCUCAAACUCAUUGAUCUGUCCAACAAUAGAUUAGUAGGGAGUAUUCCUAGAUCAUUUUCCAGUAUGAGGGCAUUAAUUUCCUUGAACCUAUCAAGAAAUAUGUUGACAGGGACCAUAGUUUCAGAUAUUGGUGAAAUGGAGAUGCUAGAAGUGCUUGAUCUGUCUAGGAACCAACUCUCUGGUCACAUUCCCAAUAUCUUAGCAAAACUAAAUUUUAUGGCUGUUCUUGAUCUGGCAAAUAAUAGUUUGUGGGGCAGAAUUCCAGCUAGUACUCAACUACAGAGUUUCAAUGCAUCUGCUUAUGCCGGGAACGAUGGACUUUGUGGACUCCCUCUCAAGUUAUGCCCAGGAGAUCAUCCACUCAUCAUGUAUCAAGGAAAAAACAUCUAG